AAGGGAAAAACCCCAGGAACCUGUUUUUUCAGUUUCCUUUGUAUGUAUACCUGCAAUCACUUUGGAUUAUUGUUUUCUUCCGAAGAACAAUUAAGCACAGUUAGGAACUUUUCAUUUAAUCAACCAUUACUGUAGAAGAUAAGGAUGUUCGUCUGCUGAUGGAGACAGUAAAGGCACAAAAAUCUGCAUAAAGAUGAGCAAGGCAUCUUCAAUCCGGUCAUUGACUUGCAAUCCUUUAGCACCUUUAGUUUUGGUGCUCUGGCUCAUGGCCUCUGGGUUCUGUUGUCCAUUAUAUUUAAAUCCAGGAAGCUGUCUGUGCAAACCUUUUGGCCACCAUCGAAUCAGUAUUACGUGCAAAGGAAUUACAAACAUACCGCGUGACCUUCCCCCCAACACGGCAAUACUAGAUGUGUCAAUUAACAAGGUGGAGCUUAUUCCUGAGAAAGCGUUCCAGAAUCUGACCAGUUUAACCCGCUUAAACUUGUCAUGGAACAUGUUGAAGCUUAUUCCUGACAAAGCGUUCCAGAAUCUGACGAGUUUAACCUACUUAGACUUGUCAUGGAACAUGUUGAAGCUUAUUCCUGACAAAGCGUUCCAGAAUCUGAUGAGUUUAACCAACUUAGUCUUGAAAAUGAACAUGUUGAAACUUAUUCCUGAGAAAGCGUUACAGAAUCUGACAAGUUUAACCCACUU